AUGUCCGCCCCAGUGAAAGUCACCUUCCCGUCCUUCAUGCUGCAGAUCAGCGGCGAGCUUUAUGCUCCUCUUGCUGGCGCCCCCGACCGCAAGGGUGCUGCUGUCGUGAUCAGCCAUCCUAUGACCGGCGUCAAAGAGCAAACAUCUGCAGACCACGCUCGGUUGCUUUCUAAAGCCGGGUUCUAUGCUCUCACAUUCGACGCAGGGUAUCAGGGUGAAAGCACGGGACAGCCCCGCGGGCUGGAAGACCCCCAUCAGCGAGCCGAAGAUAAUAAGGCUGCUGUGACCUACUUGACCACGCUAGACGGCAAAGUUGACCCUAGCCGUAUUGGUGUCCUUGGAAUUUGCGCCUCGGGUGGCUAUACCUCAUAUGCCGCGCGCAGUCUGACAGCCGUAUCAAGGCACUUGCUACCGCAGCCGGCCAGUGGCGUACAAGCGUGGCCAAAGGGCUCCCAUGCGGAACUGCCGCCUAUGUUCAGCAGUGAUAUCUCCCAAAUUCCCGAGGACGCCGACUCAUUCUUCAAGGAUGCCGCCUCAUACUACGGCUCCCAACACGGAAACCACCCACGUUCGGACCAGAAAGUUCCACCAGCUAGUUAUGAUCUCAUGGUCAGCUAUGACUCAUUCAACUUCCAGCAUCUGAUCUCUCCACGGCCAUUGUUAAUGGUUGCCGGGUCCGAGGCCCAGACUCUUCAUUACAGCCAAAACGCUGUUGCUGCAGCCCGUGAACCCAAAGAACUGUUAAUCGUUGAAGAAAAGAACCACUUCGAUCUUUAUGAUGACCUUACAGUGUCUGGUCCGAAGCUCGUGGAAUUCUUCGGAAAGAAUCUGUUACGGCCACAUUAA